GGCAGGCGGGCGGGCCGGCCGGCAGGCACAGACACAGGCGCGAGGUGCGGCGCGCAGCCAGUGCCAGUUGGGACGCCAGCCGACGAGGAUAUGUCUGACGCGGGGUCGAUCAACAAGAUCAUCAGCGAGCCGAAUGCGAAGAAGUACGUCAAGUACACGCCGCUCUUCAAAGCGCCCCGCCGCGGCAGCGACGAGUCGCCCUUCGCAGCGACCGCCGGCGGGGCCUCCUGCGCGCGCAGCGCCUCCAGGGCCGUCGACGUCAAUGCCGCUUUCAUUCCCAAUCCCUUCUUGGAGAUGCAUAAGCACUUUUCGUGGUGCCCCACCAAUGCGCACGUGCUAACGAAGAGUCUGCUGGGAUCACCCAACACAGUGGGCCGAGACAUCAAAAGCUCGCCUCAUGUUUUGGACUUAGAUUUUGAACCAAGCAUUGAAUUGCCAGCAGAAGACAUUUAUAGAGACCCUAGGUCCCUAGAUAAAAGGCACAAAGGAGUAUCCACGGGUCAGCAGUACUACCAACGUUUGAGAUGGCGCGAUUAG